CCCGUUUUUGUUUGUUCGUGUGUUAGGCUUCCUCGCGCUCGUGGUCAGUAAAACCUCGCCGUCUUCUUAGCUCGGCACCUCGGCACGGUCCCGCCGGAGCUGCCAGAUUGGUCGGUUUGGUGAUCGAUGCGUCGCUCAGCAGGAAGUGAAGCGUGCAGUCUGUGGAAGUUAGAGACCCGAGCAGAGCUCAGACACUCCUCUCACACACUCACGCUCACACACAUGCAGUAAGGGUAACCUCUGGGUUCGAACAGAACAGCACACCUGAGCCUCACCUGGGCGGAGUCAGGCAUCGACAGCUCAGGCGUCUGGCCCAAACAACACACCUGACAUGUGGCUCACAUCACCUGAGUCAGGUGUGACAGGUGAUCAGCUGAUGUUUGGUUUGCACAGGUGCAGAUGUCUGUGCGGCGCAGGACGAUGCUGGGAUAGGAGCAGAUGGAGGCAGGUGAUUGGCUGUACCUGUAGGUCAGGUGACCUCCUGCUCGUGGUUCCACGUUUGUAGUACAUAGUUUCAUGUACUUUGGUGACCUCGUUACACACCUGUGUUACUUUCCCUCACGCCGUAUCAUCGCAGCGCUGACCUCUAACCAGCGUCAGGGAGCGUGAGAAAACCAGGCGCUUCUUCAGGUGUGCGAGACAAACCGCCGCUCGCAGCGGAGGAGAGGUUCCGGUUUCAGCUGCGAUCGGGAUUAUUAUUAACUGUUUCACUUCCUCUUAGGUGCUUCACUUCCUGCUGCGCUCGAACAGUUUGUUGAAACUGUUUAAAGGGUCAGAGGUCAGACUGCUGCAGAGGGAGGCCCGACACCGACAGCCCCACCGUGUUUGUGCCGUUUGGUGCGUUUUAAUGACAACAGGCUAGGCGAGCCCAGGGAGGCGGAGCUCUGGUUUGAUGAGAGAAGUUUGCUCCACCCUUUUGUCCAAACUGCUGGAGACAAAAAGCUCAAAUGUAAAAAGCAGGACCUCAGGAGUGACUUAAACCAGCGGGUGAUGUCUGUGUUCUGGAGGUCAGAGGUCAGAGUGUGUGGUUGCCCCUCACGCUUGGCAAGGGCGGGGUUUUAAAGGUUUGAGUGUUUGAUGCUGGUCUGUGAGGAAAUCUGCUGCGUCUCUGGGAUUUCCUGUGUGUGUGUGUGUGUGUGUGUGUGUGUGUGUGUGUGUGUGUGUGUGCGUUUCCACUGUUGCAUAUUAAAAAGGGAACUGACUGAUGAAAGCAGCUGUUUCAGCUGAAAUGUCUGUGAUAACUCAGCAAACACAGGCUGGUGCGUUUGAUUUCAAGACCAGGGCGCGCCGUCUGAUGUCACAUUUAUUUAACGAGGUCGGACCCCUCAGGUGUGUGCAGACAGCAGGCGACACGAGCAGAUUCUACCUGUGAAUCAGCUGCUGCUCGAGCUCCGAGCCCGAGCCCGUGUUCACCUGGUGCAGACUGGGUUUAUGAACUGGUGCAGACUGGCUCAGUGUUGGUUUGGACUUUCAGCCCAUGCGCGUUCCUGUGUCACGGAGCUGAGUGGGUUUGUUUCAUGUUUGAUGUUAAACUCGUGUUUCAGGCUCACCGCGUGGGCCGGGCCUGGUCUUGGUCUGAAGGUGCCAGGUAACGGUGUUCGGGGGUUUUCCUUUCCUACUAAACGGUUAUUUUGUCACCGGGGGAAGUUGUGUCGUAUCUGCACAGGAUGAAGUAUUUUAGUGUUUACCACAGCAGCUGACUGUGACUCACUACAGCUCAGUUUCUCCUUUUCUUAUUCUGCUUUUAGAUCAGCUCAGGUCCAGCUGAGGCUUUUCUGACUCUUACACAGAACCUGGUGACAAACUGGGAUUGUGCUCAUGGAGGCUGGUUUGGUUUUACCCUGGGUUGGGAUGGGCUCGUUUGGGGUCUGAUUCAUCUUGGACCUUGGUUUUGGACCAGUUUCAGGCCGGUUGAAACUGGUCUGGCGAGCUCCUGUAGGCGGGUCCGUCUCUGAUGCUGGGAUGGAAACUCCUCGGUGGGCGGUGUCGUGUGUGGAUGUGCAAACUGCUGAGGGGGUGGAGGUGUGCUCGGUGACGACGGACAGCAGUGGAGGAUCGACAGGAGGCAUGACCGAGGAGAAAUGUCCCCAGCUGGUGGACUACUUUGUAGUGGCUGGCCUGGACCCCGCGGGGCCGUGGAGGCCCCUGGACGAGGAUGGGAAGGCCGCCGCCUCCUCGACGACGUCCUCGUCUUCUUCCUCGACGGGCCGGGCGGCAGAGCCCGUGACGGACCUGGUGGUGAUCGCCCGGGGGCUCGGGGAGGACGUUCCCGAGGGCUUCACCUGCAUCGAGAAGACGCUGGGCGGACACUCAGCCGAGCUGAGCGCCGGCCUCAUCAACAACCCGCACCUGUACCUGUGUUACCGCCGAGGGCGGGACAAGCCGCCCAUCCUGGACCUGGGGGUUCUGUACGAGGGGAAGGAGCAGCUGAAGCAGGGCUGGUACGUUAUUGAAACCACGCCGUACAGCCGCUCGGCGAGCCUGAGCGCGGGCGGCGCCCCCACGGCUCAUCGGGUCUUCCUGACGUACCGCCGGGCUCCGGACUCGCAGGGCCUCCACAUGCUGGGCGUCACCGACAUCGCCCUGCUGCUGCCCAGCAAGGGCGAGGUGGCGCCGCACACCUUCUGCAGAGUCGACAAGAACCUGAACACGGGCAUGUGGGGCCCAGCACUGCACGUGUGCUACAAGAGAGCCGUGGCUACAGCCAACGCCCUGGUGUUCGAGGCCGAUCUGAUCAGCCGCUACCCGGAGGAGGACCUGGACUCGUUUCCUCUGCCCGAGUCGGUGCCGGUCUUCUGCCUGCCGAUGGGCGUCACCGUGGAGAGCUGGCCUCAGAACACCAAGUACCAGCUGCCCGUCUUCUCCACCUUCGUCCUCACCUCCGCCUCCGGGGACAAGGUUUACGGCGCCGCCAUCCAGUUUUACGAGUCGUUCUGCAGAGAGCUGCUGUCGGAGCGGCAGAGCAUCCGCCUCGGUCUGCUGAGCGUCGUCGACCGGCGGCCCAUCACCAACCGCAGCCUGCAGGUGAAGAAGAGCAUCUGCGUCCUCUCUCACUGGCCCUUCUUCACCGUCUUCCAGAAGUUCCUCACCUUCGUCUACAGAUACUCCAUCUCCGGGCCCCACGUGCUGCCGAUCGAGAAACACAUCUCCAGCUUCAUGCACAACGUCCCGUUUCCUUCCCCGCAGCGUCCUCGAAUCCUCGUUCAGCUCUCGCCGUACGACAACCUGCUGCUCUGCCAGCCUGUCUCCUCGCCGCUCCCGCUCAGCGGCGCGAGCUUCCUGAAGCUGCUGCAGAACCUCGGCCCAGAAAACGCCUGCACGCUGCUGCUCGCCGUCCUCACCGAACACAAGCUGCUGCUGCACUCGCUCCGACCUGACGUCCUCACCUCCGUCAGCGAGGCCCUCGUCUCCAUGACGUUCCCGCUCCGCUGGCUCUGUCCCUACAUCCCUCUGUGCCCGCUGCAGAUGGCAGACGUGUUGCUGGCACCGAUGCCCUUCAUCGUGGGCGUCCACUCCAGCUACUUCGACCUGCACGACCCCCCCACCGAUGUGGUGUGUGUUGACCUGGACGCCAACACCAUCUUCCAGUCAGAUGACAAGAAGCCACUGUCAUGGCGUUCGUUACCCAGGAAACACGGCAAGAUGCUGUUCAACGUCCUCACCAACCUCCACAAGACGCUGGAGAAGAUUUGCACUCCCGGCCAGGAGGAGGCGACGCUGGAGUUCCUGCUGACCGACUACGACCAAAUCUACAGGCGUCAGAAGCAGCUGGAGCUGGAGAUCCAGGAGGCCUUCCUGCGCUUCAUGAGCUGCCUGCUGCGAGGCUACAGAGCCUUCCUGCUGCCCAUCACGCAGGCGCCGUCCGACACCACCACAGACUGCAGCUCCCUGUUCAACCUGCAGGGUUUCCUGAAGUCUCGCGAUCGAACGCAGCAGAAGUUUUACACCCAGCUGACCAAGACGCAGAUGUUCACCCAGUUCAUCGAGGAGUGCUCGUUCGUCAGCGACCGCCACGCCUGCCUCGAGUUCUUCGACGAGUGCGUGCAGAAGGUGGACGUGGAGAAGCCGGAGGAGGUGAGGCUGAUCGAUCUGGACGAGACGCACAGCGGCGAGCACACCGUCUUCAUCAUGCCUCCCGAGGAACCGCAGGAACCUGAUGGGUCUGAGUGCCCCGCCCUCUACAGUUAUGAGACCUUCCCCACCCUCAAACUAGAGCUCUUCGACCAGCCCCAGGACCAACUCCGCGUCCCAGCCAAGGGCAGCGCCCCCAGUAGCCCCGCCCCCCGCCGCACCAAACAGGCGGUGCUGGAGAGCAAGUGGCCGUCGACCAAUCAGGGCGGGCGUCUCCGCUGGGCCAAGCUGAGGAACGUCCUGCUGGCUGUGGCCCAGUUCAGACAGCCAAUCAAACGGCGGCAGAAGAGUGGCUCCGUGGGUUCACAUGGAGAAACGGCGGCGGAGUUUGACCGAAGGCCCCGCCCCCACUCCUCUCUGAUUCGUCAGUCCAGUUGGAGCGGCCUGAGUGAAAGCUCGAGUCACGAGUCUCUGACUGGCCCGCUGGUGAAGAGCAACAGUCUGAGCAGCAUGAAGAUGGCGAGCGACAAGGUCAAACCGGGUAAGAAGUCCGUCCUCCGUGAGGUGGGGGCCAAUGGCUGUGCAGACGCCGUCUCCCGUAAACCCCCGCUGGGACGGCGGGACACGUCCACGCCGCCUCCAGCGCCCUCCGGUGGAGCUCUGGUUCAGCGGAGUCAGGUCUGCCUCUCCAGCUUCUACAAAGAGUGCGUGGAGUCGGCCGACUCGGAGCUGGACUUGCCCGCUGAGGCAGACAGACGACCUGCCGACGUGCAGGGCUCGUCCGGCAGGAACAAAGCUGUCGAUGAGAACUACAACAACGUCUCCUCCCCGAGCCGAGGAGGACUGGCGGGCAAACUGCAGCAACUCCUCACGCCGACCAAACACCGAGUGUCCGUGCGACGAGCCGCCAGCGUGGGCGACCGGCGCCCGGGAGGAGGGGGAGGAGCGGGAGGAGGAGUGAUUGGACGAAGAGUGUCGGACCAGAGGCCGUCGAGGAAAGGUCAAGUGGCCGAAACUCUCCUGAAAGCAAAGGAGAAGCUGGUCAACGCCACGUCAGAGAGCUCGCUGUCUGUAGGAAGCGACCUUGACUUGAUGGAUGUGCCGAGUCCUGCAUAUCCUCUACGCCGGUCCUGGGACGCCAAUCAGGAGGGGGUGGGAAUAGAGGUGUUGAUGUCCAGCUGCUCGCUUUGUCGUAGCUGCAACUCACUGGUUUACGACGAGGAGAUCAUGGCGGGCUGGACAUCGGACGACUCCAACCUGAACUCCUCCUGCCCGUUCUGCGGCUCCUCCUUUGUUCCCUUCCUGAACGCCGAGAUCUGUGACCUUGGACCCGUCAGCAGUGCGGACCGCUGCAACUGGAACCUGGAGGACGAGGUGGAGAGUGCCGUGAGGCCCCCCAGUGGUCACGAGGCGUCCCUGCGACCCCAGUGUAACGGGCUGAGCGAGGACUCCAGCUCCGAGACCAGCAGCUACUCCGAGACCAGCAGGACCACCACGGGUUCGUCAGUGGGCGGAGUUCCCCAGGUGACCGUGGCCUACCUGAGCCCUCUGGUUCUGAGGAAGGAGCUGGAGAGUCUGCUGGAGAACGAAGGCGAGGCGGUCCUGGCCCAGCCUCAGUUCCUGGACAACCACUCCAUCAUCUUCUGGAACCUGGUGUGGUACUUCCAGCGCCUCGGCCUGCCCAACAACCUGCUGCAGCUGGUCCGAGCCUCACCGCUGGUCAGCCAGUUCACACAGUCGGAGAACUCGGCAGUGAGAGUGAGACUCCUGUGGGACACCCUGACCCCCGACACAGACCAGUGGCCCCCCCUCUACGUCCUCUGGAGGAUCCACAGUGGCGUCCUGAUGAGAAGCUACAGCUGGCGGAGGCACAACCACCCGUUCACCCUGUCCUUCCUGGAGGAGGUGCUGCGGUGGGUGGGCAUGAAUGAGGUGCACAAGGCCGUCACGCUCUUCCUGGACACGCUGGCCAAACAGCCGGGAACCCCCAGGAUCCAGAGGAGUCUGUACAGAGAGUUCCUCUUCCUCACGCUGGCAGCUAUGGGCAAAGAUCACGUCGCGGCGUUCGAUAAGAAGUACAAGGCGGCGUACUCUCGGCUCAGCGGUACUCUGGGUCGGGAGGAGCUGCGGAAGAAGCGAGCACAGCCUCCCAGCCCGAAGGCCAUCGACUGCAGACGCAGCUUCCACCCGCCUCUCGAAUGCUGAAACGGGUCCUGGUGACGUCCCCCGCGCUCGUUCAUCCCUGCGAAGGGAAAACGGCGAGCCUUCGGAUCCCCGCUGCCUUCACCUGCUCGUGUUCUUCACCUCUCUGCUGCCUCCAGCUGGAGGUCAGAGUGCCGCACUCCUUCCUGUCCUGUCCUUCUUUUGCCUCGUCGGUGUGAAUCCAGACGCUCUACGGCUCCAUCAACGAUCCUGAAAGUAGAUCCGGCAGCAGGAGACAAAAGGAACGCACUUCUCUCAGCAGCAUUCUGAGCCGUGAUUGGUGCAGCGUCGAAGGCGAGGGCUGGUUAGAAGCUCGGGCCGGGCUGCCUGAUUUAAAGAUGCACUGCAUGGUCACGGGCGAGCCUCACAGUUUGUUUUUAAAGCGUGGUCGAGAAGGACUUUCGAUCAUAACGAGUAGAAUAACCUCCCACACACACGGCUCUCAUCCACCGCCCGCUGCCUGACCUCCACGAUGAAGCUCGAACUAUUUCCUGUUAGAAUCCAGAUGGCAGUACAGGAAGUUCCCCUCAUCAUCUCUGUUUGGACCUGGAGACUCACCUGGAGGCCCGACGCACUCAUUCAGGAAGUGCUGUGUGAUGUGAAAUCUGUAUUAUAACAAAGUGUAGAUAUUUAUGGCUCUAAUAAAGCAGAGGGUGUAAUAAACAGGUUGUUUCAGCGGCAGAAUGCAGAGCUUUUUGAUGGAGCUCAGCGACUCAGCGUUAAGGCUGAAGAGGAAAGAGGACGGAUUUAAUGCACGCUGUCAUGUGUUGAUGCUCGGAAGCUUCGCUGGUUUCAGCUCAGAGCGUCUGGUUUGGGACAAGUGAGGUCAGAGGAAAUAAACGAUCCAAUUUACAGACAAGUUCCCCUCGAAGGCGUCGCCUUCUCCUUCCUGUCCGCCCUGCGAGCACCAGCAGCUACCCUAGACAGUUCAGGCCUGACCGAGGAAUCCGCAGGUCCAGAUGAUUUGAAUCCUGACUCACUCCGUCAUGUCUCUGAGGGUCUUCUAGUUGUACCUGGAGCAUUUAGCCUUGCAUGGGGUCUUUUAUUUUGAAAUGUGGCUUGUUUCUGACUUCCUGUUCUCUGCUCUGAGUAGCUUGGUGUGGUUUCUGUCAAAAAUAGCACCCCUGCUUAUUUUGAGCAGCAGGAGUCAGGAGUGCCGCAUCACUGUGCCCACGCAUUCUGGGUAACACACCUUACCUGAUCUGAGAGCUCAUUGGUUGUUCAGAUAAGCAGUGGGUGGAGCCUCUGCAGAUCUUUUGUUAGUUUUUUUUAAAUAUUAAAAAACAAAAAACUUCAUAUUUCCUUUUGAGGCCACGUUUGCUGCACGGCUGAUGUUUUUGUUGGGUCGUGUGUGAUUGUCCUGAACCAGAUGCUCAGUUUGUGACCUGAUGCCCGUCUGGUCUGUCAGCUGACCCACAAAGCUAACAGUUUGCUCUAGGGCUCUCAGCAGCAGCAGGAAUCAAACCGGCGACUUCUCACUAAUAUUUCCAGCUUCAUAUUUUUAUGAUUCACAGCUUUGCAUGAUUCACAGUUCAAAAUAAUCCUCCUGUGUCAGGGCUCAGCCCCUCAGUCACCCUCUGCUUUGGCUACUGUCUCUUAAGAUGCCAGCUUUCCUCUGAUUGGACAGCUUGCAGAAGCAUGCGGGGGGCAGAUGGCCGAAUAAAUGUGAGUUUUUGGUUUACAGGGGGGGGCACUGUAACGUGUUAUGAGACUAAAGCACGCUCACGCUGACGAUAGCUUCAUCAGUGAAAUAGUUCCUGCUGCAGCCGAGCGCCCCGGAGCCAGGCGUGAACUUCAAGCUGUGGUUAAACUCGUUUGAGUCUAACCAGCCAGCUGACCGCCUGUGGUUAGAGCCGGCUCAGGCGGGCGCAUUUAAACUGAUAUUGUGUUUGCUGUUGUAAUUUAUAAAUGCUCGUGAUUUCAGUUGUAAAUGUUUUUUAAGAAAACAAAUAAAAGUGAGCAGAGUUGUGAUAUUUCA